AUGCCCUGCGUGCAAGCCCAGUAUAGCCCUUCGCCGCCAGGUUCCAGCUAUGCAGCACAAACAUACGGCUCGGAUUACACCACGGAGAUCAUGAAUCCUGACUACGCCAAGCUGACCGUGGACCUUGGCAGUACGGAGAUCACCGCCACGGCCACCACGGCCCUGCCCAGCUUCAGCACCUUCAUGGAGGGCUACUCCGGCAGCUACGAACUCAAGCCCUCCUGCCUCUACCAGAUGCAGCCGUCGGGGCCACGGCCGCUGGUUAAGAUGGAGGAGGGUCGCGCGCACGGUUACCACCAUCAUCACCAUGAGCAUCACCACCACCAGCAGCAGCAGCCAUCCAUUCCGCCCCCCUCCGGGCCGGAGGACGAGGUGCUACCCAGCACCUCCAUGUACUUUAAGCAGUCCCCGCCGUCCACCCCCACCACGCCGGGCUUCCCUGCGCAGGCGGGGGCGAUGUGGGACGACGCAAUGCCCUCGGCGCCCGGCUGCAUCGCGCCCGGCCCGCUGCUCGACCCGCCGAUGAAGGCGAUGCCCACGGUGGCCGGCGCACGCUUCCCACUCUUCCACUUCAAGCCCUCGCCGCCGCACCCGCCGGCGCCGGGCCCCGCCGGCGGCCACCACCUGGGCUACGACCCGACGGCCGCCGCCGCGCUCAGCCUUCCGCUGGGGGCCGCCGCCGCGGCGGCCGCCGCCGCCGCCGCCGCCGCGGGCAGCCAGGCCGCCGCGCUCGAGGGCCACCCGUACGGGCUGCCGCUGGCCAAGAGGGCGUCCGCCCUGGCCUUCCCGCCGCUGGGCCUCACGGCCUCCCCCACCGCGUCCAGCCUCCUGGGCGAGAGCCCCAGUUUGCCGUCGCCGCCCAGCAGGAGCUCGGCCUCGGGCGAGGGCACGUGCGCCGUGUGCGGGGACAACGCCGCCUGCCAGCACUACGGCGUGCGCACCUGCGAGGGCUGCAAGGGCUUCUUCAAGAGAACAGUGCAGAAAAAUGCAAAAUAUGUUUGCCUGGCAAAUAAAAACUGCCCCGUAGACAAGAGACGUCGAAACCGAUGUCAGUACUGUCGAUUUCAGAAGUGUCUCAGUGUCGGAAUGGUUAAAGAAGUUGUCCGUACAGACAGUCUGAAAGGGAGGAGAGGUCGGCUGCCUUCCAAACCAAAGAGCCCAUUACAGCAGGAAGCCUCUCAGCCCUCUCCACCUUCUCCUCCGAUCUGUAUGAUGAAUGCCCUUGUCCGAGCUUUAACAGACUCAACGCCCAGAGAUCUUGAUUAUUCCAGAUACUGUCCCACUGACCAGGCUGCCGCAGGCACGGACGCUGAGCACGUGCAGCAGUUCUACAACCUUCUAACAGCCUCCAUUGAUGUAUCCAGAAGCUGGGCAGAGAAGAUUCCCGGAUUCACUGAUCUCCCCAAAGAAGAUCAGACAUUACUUAUAGAAUCAGCCUUUUUGGAGCUGUUUGUUCUCAGACUUUCCAUCAGGUCAAACACUGCUGAAGAUAAGUUUGUGUUCUGCAACGGACUUGUCCUGCAUCGACUUCAGUGCCUUCGUGGAUUUGGGGAGUGGCUCGACUCCAUUAAAGACUUUUCCUUAAGUUUGCAGAGCCUGAACCUUGAUAUCCAAGCCUUAGCCUGCCUGUCAGCACUGAGCAUGGUCACAGAACGACAUGGGUUAAAAGAGCCAAAGAGAGCAGAGGAGCUACGCAACAAGAUCACCAGCAGCUUGAAGGAGCACCAGAGUCAGGGGCAGGCUUUGGAGCCAGCGGAGCCCAAGGUCCUGCGUGCCCUGGUGGAGCUGCGGAAGAUCUGCACCCUGGGCCUCCAGCGCAUCUUCUACCUGAAGCUGGAAGACUUGGUGUCCCCACCUUCCAUCAUCGACAAGCUCUUCCUGGACACCCUGCCUUUCUGA